AUGACUAUUGAUAUAUUUGGGCGUACAUCAUAUAAAACAAAUGACUUACAAUACAGUAAAGGAAUUCCUGGGACACCAGGAGUUGGAUUUAAGUUAACUGGCGAUGGAAAAUUUGACUUGGAUGGCAAAAGGUUGUGUAACGUUUCAAAAGCUAUCGCAGAAAAUGACGUUGUUACGUUAUCAUGUAUGCGUUCAAGUGUAAAUAUUGAAUUAGAUGUACUCAAACGAACAAUUUAUAAUAAUAAUAAACGUAUUACUCAUCUCGAAACAUUGGAAAAUAUCAUUAAUGAUUUGGAAGCCAAAGUGGAAGCAUCAAAUAAUAUUAUUAAUAAUCAGCAAACUAAGAUUAAUAAACUAGAAACUGUCGAGCUUCACAGACAAGCUCGAAAAAAUUACGCUCGACGUCAUGUUGACAUUCGUGGGAUUGAUGAAACAUGGCAAGCUGACUUGGUUGAGAUGAUUCCAUAUUCUAAAGUUAACAAUGGGUAUAAAUAUCUACUGACAAUAAUAGAUAUUUUCUCAAAGUAUGCUUGGGUAGUCCCUAUUAAAAGUAAAAGUGCCGGUGAUGUUAGAAAUGCAAUGAAAAGUGUACUCCAACGAGAUCGCAAACCACAAAACUUACAUGUUGAUAACGGAAAAGAGUUCUAUAACAAGGAAUUCAAAGAUCUUAUGAAGCAGUAUAAGAUAAACAUGUACUCUACAUUCAGCAAUCUCAAAGCUUCUAUUUGCGAGCGUUUCAAUAGAACACUUAAAAAUAAAAUGUGGCGGCAAUUUACAGCACAAGGUUCUUAUAAAUGGGUUGAUAUGCUCCCUGAUUUAGUGAAUACUUAUAAUAACACGAAACAUCGAACAAUUAAGAUGAAACCAGUCGAUGUGACUGCAGCCAAAGAAAAAGAACUGCUACAGAGCAUAUAUGAUCCUCUUAAAAAGAAACCUGUAAUGCUGAAAAGUAAAUUUAAAGUUGGAGAUAAAGUGCGUAUCAGUAAAUAUAAACAUAUAUUUGAGAAGGGAUACACACCAAACUGGACAACAGAAAUUUUUACUAUCAAGACUGUGCAAAAUACAAAUCCUACAACUUACAAGUUGAUUGAUUAUCAGGAUCAGCCGAUUCAAGGAGGCUUUUACGCUGAAGAACUUAGUGGAGUAAAAUAUCCGGAUAUUUAUUUAAUAGAGAAAGUUUUAAAAAAACGUGGGAAUAAGGUUUAUGUUAAGUGGACAGGUUUUGAUAAUUCACAUAAUAGCUGGAUUAAUAAAUCUGAUAUGUAA